CUGCAUAUUUUGCGGUCGUGGACGCGCUUGACACAAGGAGCUAGACCCUCGGAAUCGUCGUCGCUGCUCGCAAUGGUUCUCGCUCACCAGGACGCGUGGAGAAGCCACCCUUUCAUCAGCGGCUGUGCCAAGAAGCCUUUCACAGGUCUGGGCCUGGCCUCCGCCAUCUUCGGCGUCUACCUCGUGGUGGACACUAUCAACUCGCGCUUCUCGUCCAAGGGCAAGGAGGGCGGCGCACACCCAGAGCUGGACUACGUCCCGCGCGGCAAGUUCCAGUACGAGCGCAGCGAGAUCGGCGAGGCUCCCGCGCUCAAGUAAAUCUCCAUCAGCCUCAGCAGCUUCACAGACGCAGAGGACAGAGCGAAUAUCACUCAAUGGAACGAAUAACUCUCAACACUUUGGGCUCUAAAUAAAACGCUAUUGCUUUGGUUGUACGAGAUACUAAAGUGCUGUGUGGUUUCUCCCGACACACAGGCUUAAAGAGAUGUUAAACAGGUG